AAGCUCUUGGUUUAGUGAAAGCAGCAGCAACAGCAAUAGCAGCAGCGGCAGCGGCAGCGGCAGCAGCAGCGGUAGCAGCAGCAUGUCUUUCGGUGGUAGCCAGCCUGCCUACCAGAAUCCGGUCAUUCCGUUCUCUGGGCCCAUCCAUGGUGGACUCCAGGAUGGACAUGAGGUCGUUGUCAACGGGUUGGUCCUUCAGACCAGUGGGACUAGGUUUUCUGUGAAUUUUCAGCAUGGGUUUGAUGGAAACAACAUCGCCUUUCAUUUCAACCCUCGGUUUGAAAGUGGCGGUGUUGUUGUGUGUAACACAAAGCAGAAUGGUUCCUGGGGGCAGGAGGAGAGGAGGAUGAAGAUGCCUUUCCAGAAGGGGGCGCCUUUUGAAAUUCGCUUUCAGGUCCAGAGUACAGACUUCAAGGUGAUAGUGAAUGGUAAUUACUUCAUCCAGUACCAGCACCGGAUCCCUUUCCAUCAAGUGGACACCAUCGCGAUCGAGGGCAUAGUGCAGGUGUCCUACAUCAACUUCCAGAACAGCAGACUUGCUCUUAUUCAGCCUCCCUGCUAUGUCCUGCCUCAUACAAUGACAGCAAAACCUCCUCGUAGGCCCAAGGGAGGCAAACCCAAACCUCCCCAACCUGUCUGGCCAACUACUGCCUCACCUAUCACUCAAAUGCUUUUCCCCGGCAUCCACUCUGCUCCACAGAUGCACGGUGCACCUGUUUUCCCAUCCCUACCAGUCACCAAUCAGUUGUAUCCCUUACCUUUUAGUACAUCCAUCUUUGGAGGACUCUACCCAUCCAGGAACAUCAUUGUAUCUGGCAUCAUCCUGUCUGCUGCUGACAAGUUCACAAUCAACCUGAGGUGUGGGAAUGACAUCGCCUUCCAUCUGAACCCACGAUUUAAGGAGAAUGCCGUGGUCCGGAACACCCAGAUUAACUACUCUUGGGGUCCUGAGGAGCGUGGUCUGCCUAGAUCUAUGCCCUUCACCCGAGGCCAACCCUUCUUGGUGCAGAUUAAGUGUGAAAUCCACUGCCUCAAGGUGUCUGUCAACGGACUGCACCAGUUUGACUACAAUCACCGCAUAAAAAACCUAUGCUCUAUCAACCAGCUGGAGGUGUCGGGAGACAUCCAGCUGACCCAAGUACAGGUCUUCUGAAGGGCCUCCCACCCAGGUGUCCCGGCUGGAGGUGGCUGGAGACAUUCAGCUGAUAAUGAAGGCUCUCUCACCCAGUUGUCGCAGGCUGAAUCUUUCUUUUUUCUCUCCUAUCCUCACUUCUCCCUAGCUGAUUGGACUCUAAGCACCAAGCUUUCCCUCCACUCCCAGUCAGGGAGGAGUUGGAAUAAGAUGCUGUCCUCUUUGGGGGAAGGUAGAGAAGGGACUUACCUUUGUUUCUCCCUGGGUUUCUUGUACACAGUCAGUAGGAUGGGAACCUUCCUGAAGCAGGGUUGUUUAUUUCUCAACAAUGGCAGAACUGAGUUCACCUUCCAACCUGGCUGCUGUGGCCUCAGGUGUGAUAUUUUGAUGUUCUGAUACAGAACAGGGGAUUCAGAGAUCACCCCUCCUCUCCAGAACAGAGCCCCUGCCUUAACUGUCUUUUCAGAUUUGAGCCCCUCCUCCUGUCUCCACCUGGAGCCAGUGGCUUCUCUCUCAUCCCCUGUUCCUCUGCUGUGGCCCCAUCAAUAUCCCCUUUGUCCUUCCUGUUGCCUCCAAGACCUUGGACCUCCUCGGUGCCUUGUUAUAUGCCCAGAGCUUUCCCUAUUCUUUGUGAAACCCUCUUCCUCCAGGGAGUACUCUCUGAUAAGCAGGAGCCAGUUGUAGCCUCCCGCCCCUCUCCACGUGAUCUCUGUGAUGUCAUUUGAAGAACGUGAAACAGUACCUGCUUUUUUUUUUUUUGUACACUUCCACUCUUUCUAUUUGAUUCUACUUCCGGAGGGUAGGGGCCAUGUCUUACUUAUACUUUGUAUCUCUCCACUGCCCAACCCAACACACACAGCAGGUGCUUAAUAAAAGUCUGUUAUGCAGUAUUGUGCUCA